AUGAAGAAGCCGGCGGGGAAAAUUCAGAAGGGGCCGAUGGUGACCUUGGACUUCCCGAAAGACUUCCUCUGGGGCAGCGCCACGGCGGCCUACCAGAUCGAAGGUGGCGCCUUCGAGGGCGGACGGACAGCCUGCAUCUGGGACACCUUCUGUGCCACAGAGGGCAAGGUCAAGAACGGGGACAAUGGCACCACGGCCUGCGAUCACUAUCACCGCUUCAAGGAGGACGUGAAGCUGAUGAAGGAGCUGAAUCUCCCGGCCUACCGAUUUUCCAUCUCCUGGUCCCGGCUGCUGCCCAAGGGCCGGGGGGAGCCCAACCCCGAGGCCGUCAAGUUCUACAACGGCCUGUUGGACGAGCUCCUGAAGAACAAUAUCAAGCCCCUGGCUACCAUCUACCACUGGGACCUGCCCCAGUGCCUGGAGGAUGAGUACGGCGGCUGGCUCAGUCGUCAGGUGAUUGACGAUUUCGAGCAUUACUCGGCCACUUGCUUCAAAUGCUUCGGCAGCAAGAUCAAGUCGUGGAUCACCUUCAACGAGCCUUGGUGCUCCACUGUCUUGGGCUAUGCAAACGGCGAGAUGGCCCCGGGCAAGAAGGAGAAGCCGGAUACCGAGCCCUACAUCGCAGCGCACCACAUCAUCCUGAGCCACGCUCGGGCGGUCAAGACCUAUCGCGAGAAGUUCCAGGCGAAGCAAGGAGGCCAAAUCGGCAUCACGCUGAACAUGGACUGGAGGCAUCCGCUCACGGAGGCCGAGGGUGACAAGGCCGCUGCCCAGCGUGCCCUCGACUGGCAGCUUGGAUGGUUCGCGGAUCCUAUCUGGAAGGGCGACUACCCGGAGCCUCAGCUGGGAGAUGUUCUCUUGAAGUUAAAGAGGGAGAGCAUGAGAAAGCGCUGCGGGGACAGGCUGCCGUCCUUCACCGAGGAGGAGAAGCAGCUGAUCAAGGGGACCUCGGAGUUCUUCGGCCUGAACCACUACUCCACGGCGUAUGUGGCUGCACCAAAGGGGCAGGCCCAGACCCUCUCCAUGUGGGGGAACGUGCAAGCCGGCGGGUACUUCGAUGACCAGGAGGUGGAGCUCAUCGACGAUCCAAGGUGGGGUCGCUCUGACAUGGACUGGGGCGUCGUGCCCUGGGGCCUGAAACAUAUGUGCGAGUACAUCCAGAAGGAGUACCAGCCUCAAGGAGGAAUCCUGGUUACCGAGAACGGCUGUGCCGUCGCGGAUGACGAUGUCCAAGUCGCGAAGUAUGAUGCCUUCCGUGUGGACUUUUACCAAGGGUACAUCGCCCAGAUGCACAGGGCGAUCAAAGCCGGUGCUGAUGUGCGAGGCUACUUUGCCUGGUCCCUGAUGGACAACUUCGAGUGGGCUCUCGGGUACUCCAAGCGGUUUGGGAUGGUGCACAUCGAUUACGAGACGCAAAAGAGGACACCAAAGCAGUCUGCAUUGCUCAUCUCGGAGAUUGCAAAGUCGAACAAGCUGAUUCUGCCAGAGUCCACGCUGGAGGAGUCCGACUUCGUGAUGAUCGAGGAGGGUGCUGGGCGCAAGACGACCAAGGACGCACCGCCUGGCCAGAAAUGA